AACAGAUUGUUCCUGCCACUUAAUAAACAAACAAAACCAAAUUGAAGAACCCCCUUUCUCCAACUAUCAGCAAUGUUUCUCCAAAUCCUGCUUGUUUUUUCACUCAUUUCUGUCACACAUGCAGCCAUUGAUCCUGAUUACACAGCUUUUGUUCAAUGCCUAGUGAAAAAUUCAAGCCCAGGUGACAAAAACAUGGUCUCAUCCAUUGUCUACACCCCACAGAACUCAUCAUUUGCUAGUGUUUUACAAGCUUAUAUCAGGAACAAAAGGUUUAAUACUUCAAGAACACUUAAGCCCACAAUUAUUGUCACUGCUACUAAGUAUUCCCAUGUCCAAAGCACUGUGAUUUGUGCAAAGAACAUGGGGAUUCAGCUUAAGAUCAGGAGUGGGGGGCAUGAUUAUGAUGGGAUUUCAUAUGUUUCUGAUGAGAAAUUUAUUGUUCUUGAUAUGUUUAAUUUUAGAAAAAUUGAUGUUGAUAUUGAAUCAGAAACUGUGGUUGUUGAGGCAGGUGCUAUACUUGGUGAACUCUAUUAUAAGAUUUGGGAGAAAAGUAAUGUGCAUGGGUUUCCUGCUGGGGUUUGUCUCACUGUUGGAGUUGGAGGGCAUUUGAGUGGUGGAGGGUAUGGUAAUAUGUUGCGUAAAUUCGGGCUUUCGGUUGAUCAUAUGAUUGAUGCUAAAAUUGUUGAUGUUAAGGGUAGGAUAUUGGAUAGGAGAUCGAUGGGUGAGGAUCUUUUUUGGGCUAUUAGAGGUGGUGGGGGUGCUAGUUUUGGUGUCAUAUUGUCGUAUACUAUUAAGUUGGUUAAGGUGCCUAGAGUUACUACAGUUUUUCAGGUUACGAGGACUCUGGAUGAGAAUGCAACUGAUAUUGUUCAUAGGUAUCAGUUUGUGGUGGAUAAGUUGGAUGAUGGUCUUUUUGUUAGGUUAGUUUUGCAGCCGGAGGAUGGGAAGGUUGAGAGGAUGAAGACUGUUAGUGCAACAUUUAUGGGCAUGUUUCUUGGUGGUUCGACUAGGUUGAUGAGAGUGAUGGAUAAAGGAUUUCCUGAACUCGGGUUGAAAAAAGUUGAUUGUUUGGAGAUGAGUUGGAUUCGAUCAUCAGCAUGGUGGGACAAUAUUGAUAAUAAGAGAUCGGUGAAGGAAUUGUUGUUCUUAAGGAAUUCGGAUGGAGUGAAUUUCUUGAAGAGGAAAUCAGAUUACGUGCAGACUCCGAUACCUAAAGAAGGGUUGGAAUCAAUGUGGAGGAAGUUGACUGAGUUAGGUAAAGUUGGGUUUGUUUUUAAUCCUUAUGGUGGAAAGAUGAAUGAAAUUUCUUCGUCCGCUACUCCUUUUCCUCACCGGGCAGGGAACAUUUACAAGAUUCAGUACACAGCGAAUUGGCAUGAGGAAGGUCCAGAAGCAGAUAAAAUCUACAUGAGUCAGAUUAGAAGUUUGUAUAGCUUCAUGACACCUUUUGUGUCCAAAAAUCCUAGAGGUGCAUAUCUCAACUACAGGGACCUUGAUAUUGGUGUUUCUAAUCAUGGUAAAGAUAGUUACACCCAAGGAAAAGUCUAUGGACAGAAGUAUUUUGGGGCAAAUUUUGAGAGGCUGGUGAAAGUGAAAACUGCAGUUGAUCCAGACAACUUCUUUAGAAAUGAACAAAGCAUCCCUGUUAAAAUGCAGGGGUGAGGCGUGUAAGAAUGCGGACAUGAAUAACAUGGUGUAUCGGUGUUUACAUCAGUAUGUUAUCUCAAUAUAAAUGAAUUGCUAUUUUGCUCAGUGAGCAGCUCAAUUUAGUGGCUUGAUUGUGAAUUGAAUGUUACUUGGUCUAGACACCAGCCUUAUAUAUUUACUUCAACGUUAAUUAAGCGUGAUCAUAGUAAUAGUAUAUAUAUAGUCCUUGUAUGUUGAUGUAUUUAUAUAUAACUGUAACAUAUCUUUGAGAUUUGAAAUUGUGUUGUC